AUGAGUAGAAAAGAAAGAUUGUUAGCUUUUAUAUAUGAAGUGUUAACUGAAGUGAUGAAAAUUAAUAGCAAUUCAUCAGAAGUAAUUCUUCAGGAUCAACCCUCAAUGAUUCUACAAAAAUUAUCUCAAAAAGUUGAUAAAGCCGAUUCCUAUGCCAUCUAUUGCUAUUACGAAUUUGGCUUAGCAGUAAUUAAUCAUCUCAAUGAAUUAAUAGAACAAGGGCAGAAGAGGACACAAAAUAAGUUAAAUACAGAGGUUCAGAGAUAUUUACCAACUGGUACUUCUCUAGCUGUGACAAAGGAUAAAAUUAAAAAGGCUAGAAAAAUGGUUGAUAUUUUUAGUCCUAUAGGUCCAUUUAGAAUUCACUAUGUUCAUUCAUUUUCUGUAGACCAGCUCUCAUAUUUUAAAAAAGACGAUAUUAAUUUCAUAAAGCAAAAUUACCAAACCCUGAGACGCUAUGAAUAUGCGAAACACCUUGAGUCUGUUGAAAGCACCUCUAGUAGAGGUAUUUGA